CAUUUUCUGACAGUCGACCGUUCGUCGUCCGGUUAAGCAGUCUUGUGUAAUACUUUAGUCUGCUUCUUCACUCUCAAGUGUCGUGGACCGUUUUGGUUCCAAAAAGUUGUGAAAAUUACUCCGUUAAAUAAUAACAGUGUGUGGCUGGAAGCAAAGUCGAUCCGGCUGAAACACAAUAGAAAUCAUAGGAAAAACAGUUGAAAAACGACGCAGAACGGCGGCGCUGGUCAAGCCAAGCCACAGGAAGGAUUCAUAGUUAUUGAGAAAAAUGGUCGACUCCAAGAAUCUGAAUGGUGACGAGUUCAAGGAAGAAGCAGAGCCAGGCAGUGACGAGGAGAUGUUUCCACUGACGGGAACUUCGCAACAAUUCGAGUUGAAAGAUUUAGACAGCCAAACGAUAGAGUUGUUCAACAGUCAGACGUACGCCGAUGAUGCAUGCAAAGUGCUUAACAACAACGAUUUUGCGACACAUUCCGAAGGAUUCGAACUGCCAGUGUCAGUCAAAAGUCUAGAAAGACUGGAACCAGGCCAAACGAUCGAUAUGGAAGUUUAUACGGCACCUGCUAAUGAAAAACCGACCUCCACCAGCCUGGAGCAUCUAAAGCAGUUUCCUGCGAUCGAUGCAAUGCUCUUGCCAUGGAUCAAUUUCCGUGUGAACCUUCCGAGUGAGGCAAGCGAUAAAACUAGCUGGAAGUAUUCGGAAGUAUUGAACAAGCUUUUCGUGAAGAUGGGCAACACAUGCUCGUUCAAUGUUUCGCUAGCGGCUGCCUCAAAAAUGAGCACCAUUGUACGGGUGAUGUUGGUAUGUUCGGCUCCCGAAGAGCAACACAAUCCGGUAUCGCGAUGCGACAAUCAUCGCUGUAAUGAUCAUACGGACAUUUCGGAUGACAUCAAAACACACGUAGUUCGAUGCAAAAAUGAACAGUUCAGUUACGUGGGCAACAAAGAAGGUAAACUCUUCGAGGAACGUCUGGCGAUACUGAUCCCGAUGGGACAAACGAACAAAACGGGAAUCACACUGGAAUUUGUCUGUCAAAAUUCCUGUCGCAACAUAAACCGCCGCUCGACAGCACUGGUUUUCACGUUGGAAAAUGAAGCGGGCCAAAUUCUGGGCCGUCAAGCAUUUCCCAUCAAAAUCUGCACAAACAUCAAACGGGACAUGCUGAACGAAGAGAAAGCUGAACUGGAGGAGAACAUCCGUAAGCGCAAGGCGGCACGUCCGCUGGAAAUGAGACGUGGCAAGAAAAUGAUGCGAUACCAUUCGGCCGGUCGACUGCAACAACCGGUGCUUCAUCAUAUAAAGGAAGAAUCGGGGGGCGCCCGACACUGUGAGCUCGAUCCGGUUACCGUACAGGUGACACUGCCCAACCGACGAAUGGCUAAGCGUAUGCUGGAGAACGUAAUCGGACACAUUUCGUCCGCCAUCCUGCGAACGUCCAGCGAACGCGACCGGACCCAACUGAUGCAGUACGUUCACGACAUCCGGCGCACGAAAUGUAAGCUAGAUGGCAUCGACGUCGACGACGUUGUCCUCGUCGCGUGGGAUUCUGAGUAACGCUUUUCUUUUGUUGGUUUACAGCCUCGAUCGGGUUCGUCAACAGUCAGAGUAGCGUGGACAGUGACAUUUGAUGGCGCGCGUGGCGAGUACCUACUUAAUGUUAACAUUUUAUGUAUGUUUGUUUAAUUUAUGAAGUGAUAGAUGUUUAAGUUUUAC